CCCCCCCCCCCCCCCCUUGUCAAGAAUAGCUUUGAAGAUGGCGCCGCACGCAGAGGUAGGCGCAAGCGCUCCUGCGAACGGGAGUGGACAGAGCUUCAAUGGCAAUGCCAACGGCCACGGAUCGGCCCCGUCGUCGCAAAACCAUAACGACCUCUUCACGGUCAACUCCCCCAAUGUGACCUACACCGACGAGGCAAUCUUGUCCAAGUACACGUACCGAACCACCAGCGUGACUCGGGAUGCUGCUACGGGUAAGUACGUGGCCGUCCCCAAGGAAACGGUGUACGACUUCAAGGUCGGUCGCAAAGUACCCAAGGUCGGCGUGAUGCUCGUAGGCUGGGGCGGCAACAAUGGCACGACCGUGACCGCCGGUAUCCUCGCCAAUAAACGAGGCCUCGUCUGGGAGACGCGAGAGGGCCCCCGCGCUGCCAAUUACUACGGCUCCGUCGUGAUGGGGUCUACCAUCAGGCUCGGCACUGACCCCGUCACUACGAAGGAUGUGAACAUCCCCUUCCACGAUGUCCUGCCCAUGGUACACCCCAAUGACCUCGUUCUCGGCGGCUGGGACAUCAGCGGCAUGAACCUCGCCGAGGCCAUGGACCGUGCUGCCGUGCUCGAGCCCACCCUCAAGGCCCAGGUCCGUAAGGAGAUGGCCCAGAUGGUGCCGCUCCCUAGUAUUUAUUACCCGGACUUCAUCGCCGCCAACCAGGAGGAGAGGGCCGAUAACCUGAUCCCCGGCAGCAAGGCCUCCAUGGCCCACGUCGAGAAGAUCCGUCAGGAUAUCCGCGACUUCAAGACGGAGAACCAGCUCGACAAGGUGAUCGUGCAGUGGACGGCGAACACGGAGCGAUACGCGGACGUGAUCGCCGGCGUCAACGAUACUUCGGAGAACCUGCUCGCCGCCAUCGAGGCGGGGCACCCGGAGGUGUCGCCGUCGACGGUGUUCGCGGUGGCCAGCAUCCUGGAGGGCGCGCCGUUCAUCAACGGGUCGCCGCAGAACACGUUCGUGCCGGGGGCGCUGGCGCUGGCGUCGGAGCGCGGCGCGUUCGUCGGCGGCGACGACUUCAAGUCGGGGCAGACCAAGAUGAAGUCGGCGCUGGUCGACUUCCUCAUCAGCGCCGGCAUCCGGCUGACGGCGAUCUCGAGCUACAACCACCUCGGCAACAACGACGGCCGCAACCUCAGCUCGCAGCGCCAGUUCCGGUCCAAGGAGAUCUCCAAGUCGAACGUGGUCGACGACAUGGUCGAGGCCAACACGGUCCUGUACCGCGACGGCGAGCGCCCCGACCACACCGUCGUCAUCAAGUACAUCCCCGCCGUCGGCGACAACAAGCGCGCCCUCGACGAGUACUACGCCGAGAUCUUUCUCGGCGGCCACCAGACUAUCUCCAUCUUCAACGUGUGCGAGGACUCGCUGCUGGCGUCGCCGCUCAUCAUCGACCUGGUGCUCGUGGCGGAGCUCAUGACGCGCAUCCAGUGGCGCGUUUCAGCUUCGACCUCGGCCUCGGCCUCGGCCUCAGCCGCCGCCGACGGGCCCUACCGCUCCUUCCACAGCGUGCUCAGCGUGCUCAGCUACAUGCUCAAGGCGCCGCUCGCGCCGCCCGGCGCCCCCGUCGUCAACGCCCUCGCCAAACAGCGCGCCGCCCUCGCCAACCUCCUCCGCGCCUGCGUCGGCCUCGAGCCCGAGAGCGACCUCGGCCUCGAGCACAAGCUGUUCUUGUAGCGCGCCCUUUCCCGCCUAACCACUCCCCCCCCACCCUUAGUGGGAGCUAAGUUGUCGAGG